GAAGAAGAGAUCUCCAUCGGCGACGAGAAACCCCGAAAAUUAAACCCUCUCCAACAAAACCCCAUCAUCGACGCCUCACAAAUCGUCUCUCGUCCCAAUACAGCCGUAUCUCGCUCUUCCUCCUCUUCAUCGAGCACACAUUCCCUAGGUUCCCCAAACGACACAGAAACCAAAGAAAAUCUCCUCCGCCUUAACGUCGCUAUUCGAGCACAUGCGGAAACUUUCUAUACCACAUCCCCCGCCAUCGAUCUCUCGCCAUCUCAUGAUGCGAAUCUUUCAACUCUCGCGGAAAUUCUGGGAGCUUCGGCACCGCUUGAUGCCACAGCCCUGCAUGCCCUCCUCCAUACCCCGGAAACUCGAAUCGAUGCUAUAAGGCUUUUGAUCGCGUGGUCGGUUUUCAAAUAUAUCCAAACUGAUGCAGAAAUUGAGAAGACCUUGUUACCGCCGGAAUUGGCUAAGUGUGCGCAGGCUAUGAGCCGGGGAAGUAUUGUGGACCAGAAACGGUAUAGUAUUCCGAGGAAACCUGUUCCAGGAAGCACGAUUCCUACGAUUGAUGUUACGACUGUGCGCACGACUGCUGCUGCUGCUUCUUCUUCUUCGGAUGAUCAUGUUGCUUUUGCAAAGUGGAGGGAAACUUCUGGGAAAUUGCUUGAGCCGAUUUAUGGGGAUGGGAAAGUUGUCGGGACGAAGGAUUCUCGGGAUCAGAAUAUUGGGGAGUUGGUGACGGUUUUGGUAUAUUUGCUGCAGCCGUAUGUGGCGAAAGGUUAUGGUGGAGCGAGAGUGAGGGAUUUGGAGAAUGUGAUUAAGAUGGCUGCGGCGUUUGGGUAUAGGUUGUUUACGCAGAGGCCGGAGUGGGAAUUUGCUUGGAGUACGUUGAUGGCGGAUGAGAUUGUUGUGUAUCCGGCGCUCGUUAAGAUUGGAGAUGAAAAGGGGAAGCGGUUGAGGAAGUCGGUAGUAUUGGAGUGGGAGGAGGUGAUGAAGUUGCCGGAACCUAUGGAAAUUGUGGUGAGUAAACGUGCUUCUGUGCACAAGGAGGUUGUGUAGCUGAGCCCAAAAUUGUUUAUCCACAUCAAACGAAUUCGCAUAUACCAGUGAACGCCGUCUAGUUGAUGC